GAGAGAGAGAGAGAGAGAGAGAGGAGAGCGCGCAUCUCUGGAACAAGUGGAAGAGCCAGAGUGCGAACAAGCGAACUGCAGGGAGGGAGAAGGAGUGCAUAGCAACGCGACUCCACGAUGAAGAACCAGGAGCACCAUGCUCAGAAGCCAGUGAUUCCAGACUUGCUAAUGACUCCAAGCGAUCAAGGAGAUGGUGACCUGGAGAUUGAGUACCCUGAAGACAGAGGGAAUUGGACAGGCAAGCUGGAUUUCCUUUUGUCCUGUAUUGGCUACUGUGUUGGACUGGGGAACGUCUGGAGGUUUCCAUACCGCGCUUACACAAAUGGAGGAGGGGCAUUCCUUGUUCCUUAUUUCAUCAUGCUGGCGAUCUGUGGGAUUCCCAUCUUCUUCAUGGAGCUGUCGCUGGGCCAGUUCUCCAGCUUGGGGCCUCUUGCUGUUUGGAAGAUAAGCCCUCUGUUUAAAGGUGUUGGCAUGGCCACAAUCCUGAUUGUCUGCUUGGUGGCCAUUUACUAUAACAUGAUCAUUGCCUACGUUCUCUUCUACCUCUUUGCCUCACUGACAAAAAACUUGCCCUGGCAGUACUGCGGCAACUGGUGGAACACAGACCUGUGCCUGGACCACCACAUCAUGCGCACGGGGAAUGGCGUUGUUCCCUUCAACAUCUCUAACACUGUCAGCCCAAGUGAGGAAUACUGGAGUCGUUAUGUCCUGCACAUCCAGGAGAGCUCGGGGAUUGGCGAUCCUGGGAGGAUCCGCUGGAAUCUAUGCCUGUGUCUUCUCCUCGCCUGGGUCAUUGUGUACCUAUGUAUCCUAAAGGGAGUCAAAUCCUCUGGCAAGGUUGUAUAUUUCACAGCUACCUUUCCUUACCUCAUCCUGAUCAUGCUCCUGAUUCGAGGUGUGACCCUGGACGGAGCCUGGUUAGGAAUCAAGUUCUAUCUCACGCCACAGUUUGACCUGCUACUGUCUCCCAAGGUGUGGAUUGAAGCAGCUUUACAGAUCUUCUACUCUCUUGGGGUAGGAUUUGGGGGACUUCUCACCUUUGCAUCAUAUAACACCUUCCACCAGAACAUUUACAGGGAUACGUUUAUAGUUACUGUGGGCAAUGCUAUCACCAGUAUCUUGGCUGGGUUUGCCAUCUUCUCUGUUUUGGGCUACAUGUCCCAAGAACUUGACGUCCCUGUUCAGGAAGUUGCCAAAGCAGGUCCAGGCUUGGCAUUCGUGGUGUAUCCACAAGCCAUGACAAUGCUUCCUCUUGCUCCUUUCUGGUCUUUCCUUUUUUUCUUCAUGCUGUUGACUCUUGGCCUAGACAGUCAGUUUGCCUUUCUAGAGACCAUUGUUACUGCGGUGACAGAUGAGUUCCCAUAUUACCUGCGGCCAAAGAAGGCUUUUUUCUCAGCCGUCGUUUGUAUUGUGAUGUUCCUGAUGGGGCUCAUCCUCACAACAGAGGGCGGGAUGUAUUGGCUGGUGCUGCUGGACGACUAUAGCGCUGGGUUUGGACUUAUGGUAGUGGUUAUUACCACCUGCCUGGUGGUGACACGUGUCUAUGGCAUGAAGAGAUUCUGCCGUGACAUUCAUAUGAUGCUGGGUUUCAAGCCAGGGAUAUACUUCAAAGCCUGCUGGUUGUUUCUUUCUCCAGUGACAAUGAUGGCUCUGCUGGUGUACAGCAUCAUCAAGUAUGAACCAUCAGAGUAUAAUGGAUCCUAUCGUUUUCCAUUCUGGGCUGAGAUUCUGGGCAUCCUGAUGGGAAUCUUUUCCUGCCUGAUGAUCCCCACGGGGAUGGUUUUUGCUGUGCUCCACGAGGAAGGAACACUCUGGCAGAGAAUCCAGCAAGCUAGCAGGCCAACCAUGGACUGGGGUCCAUCCCUGGAGGAGAACAGAACUGGCAUGUAUGUGGCUACUCUGGCAGGCAGCCAGUCACCUAAACCUUUGAUGGUCCACAUGAGGAAAUAUGGAGGGAUAACCAGCUACGAGAACAUAGCCUUUCAGGUAGAUAAAGAGAUUGAAGAGGAUGAAGAAGAGUCCAUGAUGUGAAUGAAGUGGCAGCCUCCCAGCUCACCCCCCAUGUGGGGGAAGGUGGAGAGAACGCAAGGAAGCAGACCACUGAACUUUUGCACAAAGUUGCACUUUGGCACUUCCAGAUGCAUUUAGCAUCUCAUAGCAGUGAACUCAGCACAACUCUGUUGAGAAUCCCAGUGUUGUUGAGGUUUCUGUUCGAUGUGGAGAGGUGUGCCAAUGAAUCUGUGUCUUGCUGCUCUAAUGUCUAGGACAGGUAACUUGGAUCCACUCAUGUUUUCCCUUCCUCACUGAAGCAGUGAUGAAUUCCUCAGGGUCAGGGCCUAGCAUCCCAUAAACUAGCUUCUUCCUAUCUAAUCUCCCCACCCCCUUGAUGGUCACCUAGCUAUUCGUUUGCAGUUUUUAGCCUACAUUGUGUCACUCAGUAUAGUUCUCCCAAAGCUGCCACUACAUUCUGAUGUCAAACAAACCUGGGGAUCAAAUGUGGCCCUCCAGGCCUCUCUAUCUGGCCCCUGAGGCACUCAAUGGGCCACACCCCUCUUUAGCCCUGCUUUGCACUUUGAAAAUGCUUCUUGCUUGCCACUUGCCAGGGUAGAGGACAAGGAGAGAUGUGCGAGCAUGUGUAGAAAUCAGCCUACAUGUAAACACAAUUUGUAUAAUCAUUGGAAUGUAGGGUUGUAUCCAAUGCAGAGUAAGCCCAUUGAAGUUAA